UGUAUAAUAUAGGAUAUUUAAGUCGACGAUGGAAUAGAAUGAGAAUAUUGUCAAUUCUGAGUAAGAGCAAAUACUGUGUAUCCCUAAUUCACUCUUCUACUCGCAUAAUAAUUGAAGCUCUUGUGAAGAACUGCAAUAUCUCUUCUAUCAAAAGCAAGCAUCAAGAACGAGAAAUAAGAUAUAUCAACAAAAAGCUCUCGCGGACCCUCAAUCUCUUCAACCUAUAGACUGGAUCUCAAGAUUGCUCCUUAUCUCUUUAUAAUACAGAACGGAAGGGAGACAUGUCACGGACUUUGGAUAUGGAGGCAAACAUUGCCUCCAGCACAUCGCAGUCUACCAUUCAAGAUGACAAGAAGACAUAUCAAAUCACCAACAACCAAUCACCAUCCAUUACCAGUGGAUCCCAUCGCAGCGCAUCCUUUUCGCAACACAACGGUAUCGACACCACUGGUGAUUCUGUUAACGGCCGAAUAACAACAGAGAAGGGGAAAGAGUGGCAAAGCACAUCAGGCGGUGACCAUAAGUUCCGGUGGUCAUCACUUUGGCGAAGAGCUGAAAUCAACCCUUUAAAUGGAAAAAGUCUUACGUUUCCUCUUUUUCGGGUAUGGGACGAUUCCUACUCCCAAGCAUUCUGGCUCGCCACUCUGGGAUUUUUUGUGGCCUUUCUUUCUUGGUUUGCCUUUUCUCCGCUUGUUCCUGAGGCUGUGAAGACGGAUCUCAACCUUACCCAAGAUCAAGUUACCAACUCCAACCUAGCUUCUCUCGGUGGCACAGCCCUCGUGCGUCUUAUUGCUGGCCCAGCUUGUGAUAAAUUCGGUCCUCGAAAAGUGCUGGCUGCUUUACUCAUUCUGGGUGCAAUCCCAUCCGGCUUGGCGGCGUUGGUAACGAAUAUUCAAGGCCUAGAGGCGGUGCGAUUUUUCAUCUCUAUCCUUGGAGGCACCUUUGUUCCAACCCAGGCAUAUACAACUACCUUUUUCGAUAAAUCUAUUGUUGGUACAGCAAACGCAUUUUCGGGUGGCUGGGGUAACCUAGGUGGAGGUGUGACUGUUGCUGUGAUGAUCGGGCUAUACCAGCGAUACAUUAAGGCCGGUUUAAGUUCCCACAUUACGUGGCGUCUCUGCUUUGUUACGGUUCCCGUACCAUGCCUUAUCCUUGUCGCCGUCAUCAUUUUAAUAUUCGGAAAAGACCAACCGGGUGGCAAAUGGUCAGCUCGCCGAAAAAUCCAGACCACUGUCAUGGAGGAAGGCAAAGGGAAACAAAAUGGACUCGGACUUCAAGGAGCUGCCACUCAAGAACACAUAAUUGUGGAUUCUGGCAACGAACUUACUCCAAAUUCCACCAACCCCAAACCACUGAAUGCAACAUCUGACGAGCACGUCACCCGAGUCAGUGUUGAAAAUGCACAUUCUGAGCCGCUGACGAUGGCAGCGCUGCUCGCUAUCCUCAUCGAUCUCCGCGUCUGGGCGUGCGCUAUGUGCUAUUUACUCACUUUUGGUCUCGAGACAGCAAUGGACGCGGCUCUCCCUGGUUUAAUUUUUAGUUUGUUUGCCAGCGAUUCAUUUACCAUCUCAGAUGCCGCCUAUGCAGCAUCAACGUACGGUCUGAUGAAUCUGUUUGCUCGGCCGAUGGGUGGAAUUAUAUCAGACAUUCUCUAUGCUCGAUUUGGACUGCGCGCUAAGAUGUACUGGCUCCUUGGUACAGCUCUCUCACAAGGAAUUGCCAUGAUCGGCCUAGGAGUCUAUAUCAACAAGAACCAUGCAACUAUUGGUGGUGUCAUUGGUUUUAUUGUGUUCAUUGCCAUAACUGGCUUUGCAGCCAACGGCGCCUGUUACUCAAUCUACGGCCAUCUGCGGCCGAAGAACAUCGGCGCUGUUGCAGGCAUUGUUGGUGCUGGCGGCAAUAUUGGGGGUCUGUUUUACACCUUAAUAUUCAAGUACCAGCCAGGAGUUCGCCUGCCACCAUCUCAGAUUCAUCCUCAUGGGUUCAAUUCUCUAGGGAAAAAGUUUUGGAUUGCAGGGGUAUUCAACGCGGUGGCUGUAGUGCCACUUUUCCUUGUGCGGUUGGGUGAUGCCGUAUGAGGUGGUGGAUUGGCGAGAUGGGUAUUGUGGAACAAAAGUAAUGUUUUGUAUACAUGUAGUAUUUCUUUAUUGGAUAUUGAUGGGUUCAUAGUCAAAUGGUUAAAAGUAGUUCAAGUUUCAUAUUAGGCAUGUUGUCCACGAACUCUUUUCGCAUCUCGCGUUUCGGCUUUGGAAUGCUUAGACCCAUAUCGCUCGCUCGCUGUAGUUUAAAUUAUGGAGAUGGACUGUCGCGU